AUAUAUAUAUAAAAAAUAGAAAGACAUCUCAUAUAUGGCUGUCAAGUUAACCACACACACUUUCCCUCUGUGACGUUUUCUGCGCAAGUGGGAGACGAGGGCAGAGCUGUAACACACAGCUACAAGCCAAAAGGGAACCAACCAAGAGAGAGAGAGAGCGUACAGUAGAGUGAGCAACGGGGGAUUGAAGAAGAAGAAGAUUACCAGAUUUUUAUUCAGCUCUAGAAAUUAUUGUUCCAGUUUUUGGGGUUUUUUCCUCCCUCGAGAUCUUCCAUCGCUGUUCGGUGAAGGAAGAGGUUUUCGUAGGGUAUGGCGAACUCCAAGGGGCCUUCGAACGUUAGAAGUAUGUUGUACACCGGGAAGAGUUCGUUGCUACCGCCAAAGAGCCCGUUUCCGAGCAUAUCCCCGACAUACACCGAGUUCAUACCGAGUUCAGCGAUCGGUCCGAAAGCUCAUACAGCUGGAAUGCCCAGAGAUGGAAAUUCGCAUCAGCGAACUUCUUCCGAAAGUUUCUUGAUGGUGGAGCAGCCCUCUUGGCUGGAUGAGCUUCUCGAAGAGCCGGAAACACCUAUGCGGAGAGGGCAUCGCCGUUCGUCGAGCGAUUCAUUCGCAUAUUUGGACUCCUCGGCGAAUGUCGGGAACAUGGGCAUGAAUUAUUCUGCUCAAGAUGAUAAUAACAAUAAGCAGAAGAAUAUAACUCCGGCGCUGUCUCCCUGGCACUCUCCGGACUUCGAUAUUUACAGGGGCGUGUGGAAAGGUUCUUUCCCGAUGGACCAGAAUACUUUGUUGGGGAAAACCAAGAGCAAGCCGUGGGAACCGCUCGUUGCGCCUGCUCGUGGCCUACCUUUGUCGAGAGGCAAUAGCGUAGAAGAGAAGCCGACGGGGAAGAAGGAUAUGUUCGAGUCCGGUCAUCAAGAUCCGAAAGGCCUGAGUGAGAAAAAGGAUACUUCUCAUGCCAAGUCUUCAGAAACAGACUCGAAGCGCGCCAAGCAGCAAUUUGCGCAACGAUCGCGUGUCCGAAAGCUCCAAUACAUAGCUGAACUUGAGAGGAAUGUUCAAUCCUUACAGGCCGAAGGGUCUGAAGUUUCGGCUGAAGUUGAAUUCCUCAACCAGCAGAAUCUCAUUCUAAGCCUCGAGAACAAAGCGCUGAAACAACGGUUGGAGAGUUUAGCUCAAGAACAGCUUAUCAAAUACUUAGAACACGAAGUGCUGGAAAGAGAAGUUGGAAGACUGCGUACCUUGUAUCAGCAACAGCAGCAGCCGUCGCCACAGCAGCCGGCAUCCACCAGCCUUCGCCGCGCCAACAGCAGAGAUCUUGAUCAACAUUUCGCUAACCUCUCCCUGAAAACCAAGGAAGCUGGCGCUGGUCGCGACUCUCUCCCCGACCAACUUCACAUGUAAGACUUCCACACCUUUCCUGAGCACAACCAAGCCAUGUCCUGACCAUGCCAAUGACUGAAAGCAUUACAAUCCUGCGCGGCUCUGUAGUCCCCUGCAACGGUAGCCUUCGCGCAUCUAAGUUCUUUUACUUCUCUUCCUGUUUUUCGCGUAAGUUAAUGUUUCCCACUUAAGAUUAGUGGUGUGUGCGCCUGGUGGUACGUCCUAUGCUGGAACCGUGUAGUUCCCGGCAGCGACUCAUCUGAGGUGGUUUAUUAUUAUCAUUAUCAUCAUCUGAUAACAUCCCCGUCUGUAAAAUCGAGGGAUCUUGAUGCCCUUUUCUUGCCCUUUGCCCUUUGUGAGGCAGUAGUUACACUUCGGCUGUCCCCGUCUCCUAUUUUUCUUCAUUCCGGUCGAGUCACCGGAAGAGUUUCUAAGCAACAUUUGCUGGGCAACUAUUAUGUAGUACUAUUUUCUUGUUGCCAAUUUCUGCUGCUUUUGCUGCA